UCAUCAUCAUCAUCAUCAUCAUCAUCAUCAUCAUCAUCAUCAUCAUCAUCAUCAUCAUCAUCAUCAUCAUCAUCAUCAUCAUCAUCAUCAUCAUCAUCAUCAUCAUCAUCAUCAUCAUCAUCAUCAUCAUCAUCAUCAUCAUCAUCAUCAUCAUCAUCAUCAUCAUCAUCAUCAUCAUCAUCAUCAUCAUCAUCAUCAUCAUCAUCAUCAUCAUCAUCAUCAUCAUCAUCAUCAUCAUCAUCAUCAUCAUCAUCAUCAUCAUCAUCAUCAUCAUCAUCAUCAUCAUCAUCAUCAUCAUCAUCAUCAUCAUCAUCAUCAUCAUCAUCAUCAUCAUCAUCAUCAUCAUCAUCAUCAUCAUCAUCAUCAUCAUCAUCAUCAUCAUCAUCAUCAUCAUCAUCAUCAUCAUCAUCAUCAUCAUCAUCAUCAUCAUCAUCAUCAUCAUCAUCAUCAUCAUCAUCAUCAUCAUCAUCAUCAUCAUCAUCAUCAUCAUCAUCAUCAUCAUCAUCAUCAUCAUCAUCAUCAUCAUCAUCAUCAUCAUCAUCAUCAUCAUCAUCAUCAUCAUCAUCAUCAUCAUCAUCAUCAUCAUCAUCAUCAUCAUCAUCAUCAUCAUCAUCAUCAUCAUCAUCAUCAUCAUCAUCAUCAUCAUCAUCAUCAUCAUCAUCAUCAUCAUCAUCAUCAUCAUCAUCAUCAUCAUCAUCAUCAUCAUCAUCAUCAUCAUCAUCAUCAUCAUCAUCAUCAUCAUCAUCAUCAUCAUCAUCAUCAUCAUCAUCAUCAUCAUCAUCAUCAUCAUCAUCAUCAUCAUCAUCAUCAUCAUCAUCAUCAUCAUCAUCAUCAUCAUCAUCAUCAUCAUCAUCAUCAUCAUCAUCAUCAUCAUCAUCAUCAUCAUCAUCAUCAUCAUCAUCAUCAUCAUCAUCAUCAUCAUCAUCAUCAUCAUCAUCAUCAUCAUCAUCAUCAUCAUCAUCAUCAUCAUCAUCAUCAUCAUCAUCAUCAUCAUCAUCAUCAUCAUCAUCAUCAUCAUCAUCAUCAUCAUCAUCAUCAUCAUCAUCAUCAUCAUCAUCAUCAUCAUCAUCAUCAUCAUCAUCAUCAUCAUCAUCAUCAUCAUCAUCAUCAUCAUCA